GCUCGCACUGUCAGGUUCAAGACAGCAGUGCUGAGAGGCAAAGUCGAUGAGACGAGACUGACAGCCAGCUCGAGUCAGAGAGGACAUCCUUCUCCUGCCGUCAUCUGGAAGAGGGAUGGACCGACAGAGCAAACGGCCGGCUUCAGCCGAUGGCAAUGGCGACGACGAGCCGGGUCGGAAGCCGACGCCUUCGUCCCUCACACACCCCAUCAGCCCUCCGACCAAGAAACGCCGACUGGCAACGGCAGUGGAGGAUGAGAAAGCCGCAGAGACACGACCGACACCAUCCCGGCUGUUCAGGUCGCCUUUCAAAUUGACCAAGAUUCGAGACCUGCCUCCAGAACUGAACAGGGACACGACCACGCUCAAGGACAUCCUGGGCGACCCCCUGAUCUCGGAGUGUUGGGAGUUCAAUUAUCUCCAUGACAUUGACUUCCUCAUGGCCGCGUUCGACCCGGAUGUCCGCGGUCUCGUCCAAGUCCACGUGGUGCACGGUUUCUGGAAGAGGGAGGACCCCAGCAGGCUGGAGCUGCAGGCGGCGGCAUCUCGCUACGAGAAUGUCACUCUCCACAAUGCCUACAUGCCUGAGAUGUUUGGCACCCAUCACUCCAAGAUGAUGAUCUUGCUCCGGCACGACGACACAGCCCAGAUCGUCAUCCACACGGCGAACAUGAUUGUCCGUGACUGGACCAACAUGACGCAAGCUGUCUGGCUCUCGCCGAGACUUCCUCUCAUCAAACCUGCACAGCAGGCCGUCAACCAAGCGGAGGCCAGGACCGGCAGCGGUGCCAAAUUCAAGAUGGACUUUCUGAACUACCUGCGUUCCUACGACACCCGGAAAAGCACCUGCAAGCCCAUCAUUGAGCAGUUGCUCAGAUAUGACUUCUCAGAAAUCAGGGCUUCCCUAAUAGCCAGCGUGCCUGGCAGGCACAAGUUCAGCGAGAACUCACCCACACGGUGGGGCUGGGCGGCCAUGGAGGAAGCCCUCAAAGCCGUCCCGGUUAGCCAGGCCAAGUCGGAAAUCGCGAUCCAAAUCUCCUCCAUCGCAACCUUAGGACCUACAGACAGCUGGCUCAAGGACACAUUCUUCCGUGCUCUCAGCCGCGGGCGAAGAGGCACAGGCCCGCCUUCAGCCCCGCCAGACUUCAAAGUUGUCUUCCCGACCCCGGACGAGAUCCGCAAGUCCCUCGACGGCUACGCCUCGGGCGGCUCGAUCCACACCAAGAUUCAGUCGCCGCAGCAGGUGAAGCAGCUGCAAUAUUUGAGACCCAUGCUCUGCCACUGGGCGAACGAUUCCCCUCAUGGUGUCGAGCUGGAAGCCGGCGCCGCGGUCCAGGAAGCAGGCAGGAAGCGCGCAGCGCCACACGUCAAGACCUACAUCCGCUACCGCGGCGACGGACCGCCCCACGGGCCCAUCACCAUCGACUGGGCGCUGCUGACGUCGGCCAACCUGUCCAAGCAGGCGUGGGGCGAGGCGGCCAACGCCAAGACGGGCGAGAUCCGCAUCUCGUCGUACGAAAUCGGCGUGCUGGUCUGGCCGGAGCUCUACGCGCCGGGCGCCACCAUGCAGGCGACGUUCCUGACGGACACGCUCGCGGAGGGGGAGCGGCGCGACGCCGCGGCGGCGGCGGCGACGGCGGUGCCGUUGCGCGUGCCGUAUAACCUGCCGCUGCAGCCGUACGGGAAGGGCGAGGUGCCGUGGGUCGCGACCGCGAGUUAUUCGGAGCGGGACUGGAUGGGGCAGGUGUGGAGGCAUGGGUGAGACGGUUCUGCGCAAGUGGCGCGUCCCUCUCUGGCAUGGGUGUGCUGCUCAUUUUGCAGCGAAGUGACAUCGCAUUUUAGGAGAUGCUUGCG